UACAGAUGGAUCCAGUAAUGGGAACCCACCAGAGAGAUGUCCCCGUCCUCUGGAUUCUCGGGAUUCCACACAGGAACAUCAUAAUUAUUCACACAAUUAUGAGGGUAAAGAUCUGAUGGGUGUUAAGGUUGAGGUCAAAGCUGAGAAAAUUAGUGAUGGGUCCAUGCAAAAGGGUGAAGUGAUGGUGCCAAUCGAGGAGAAGGAAUCUUUUCAUGUCACGAUGGAGAAUCAGCCGCCCCUCACAUCACCGGAUGGAUCCAGUAAUGGGAACCCACCAGAGAGAUGUCCACGUCCUCUGUAUUCCCGGGAUUCCACACAGGAAGAUCACAACUACGCACGCUGUUAUCAGGAUGACGAUCUGAUGGAUCUAAAAAUUAAGGUUAAAGCAGAAGAAGAAGAGACAUAUGUGAGCGGCGAUCAGCCCAUAGAAGAGGACGCCAUGAUGGUGCCAACUGAAGAGAAGGAAUCUUUUCAUGUCACUAUGGAGAAUCAGCCGCCCCUCACAUCACCGGAUGGAUCCAGUAAUGGGAACCCACCAGAGAGAUGUCCCCGUCCUCUGUAUUCCAUACAGGAAGAUCACAACUAUUCACGCUGUUAUCAGGGUGACGAUCUGAUAGAUAUAAAAGAUGAGGUUAAAGCAGAAGGUCACCAGUCCACGGAAGAGGGUACCAUUAUAGUGCCAGCUAAAGUCAAGGAGGCUUUUCAUGUCAUGAUGGAUUAUCAGCUGCCCCUCACAUCACCGGAAACAACGUAUUCAAUCAGUGUGUGUGUUUCCUACAGAUGGAUCCAGUAA